AUGUCUGCUGCCGAUGCGAAGCCAUUGCCUUUUGUCUACCAGUUCGCGGCUGGUGCCGUGGCCGGUGUGUCAGAAGUGAGUGCGCCAACUCUGCCGGAGCUCGCGUACCCGCUGGACGUCGUCAAGACCAGAGUACAACUCCAGACUGGCAAGGUUGUUGGUGAUGAAGGCUACAAUGGCAUGGUAGACUGCUUCAGGAAGAUCAUCAAGAAUGAGGGUUUUUCAAGACUGUACCGUGGUAUUAGCGCUCCCAUUCUUAUGGAAGCUCCCAAAAGGGCCACCAAGUUUGCGGCCAACGACUCAUGGGGCACCUUCUAUCGUAACCUAUUCGGUCAAAACAAGAUGAACCAGUCCCUCUCCAUCCUCACUGGCGCCACUGCUGGUGCAACCGAAUCCUUCGUCGUCGUACCCUUCGAGCUCGUCAAGAUUCGGUUGCAAGACAGGGCGCAGGCGCACAAGUACAACGGCAUGAUGGACUGCGUUAUGAAGAUUGUCAAGCAGGAAGGCCCUCUUACCUUGUACCAGGGUCUAGAGUCGACCAUGUGGAGGCACAUUCUCUGGAAUGCAGGCUACUUUGGUUGCAUCUUCCAGGUCCGCGCUCUCCUGCCUGCGGCCUCUGACAAGAAGGGUCAAAUCACAAAUGACCUCAUUUCUGGUGCUGUCGGUGGCACUGUCGGUACUAUUCUCAACACCCCCAUGGAUGUCGUCAAGUCCCGUAUCCAGAACUCGCCCAAGGUUGCCGGCUCAGUACCCAAGUACAACUGGGCAUAUCCUGCCCUCGGCACCGUCAUGAAGGAGGAGGGCUUCGCUGCGCUUUACAAGGGUUUCCUGCCCAAGGUGCUGAGACUGGGUCCCGGAGGUGGUAUCCUUCUCGUCGUCUUCACCGGUGUCAUGGAUUUCUUCCGCACUAUGCGCGACGGUAAGUAGACGACGCCAAGCUGCAGUGUAUGGCCUCUCAUCGUAGACUCCUAAACGCGAAACCGGACAAUAGACUGUGCAUCCCGUAUCCGCUUCUGCUACAUCAGCAAAGCAGGGUCAAAUAGCAUUACUCAAACACUUCA